AUGCGGACGGUGCAGGAGAUGGUGAAGCUGUACGACAGGCAUCGAGGAUGCGGGCGCGUGUAUGCGUACGGGACGGCGGGAUUCCGGUCCCGGGCGGAAGUGCUGGCACCAGUGGUGUUCGCUACGGGGCUUCUAGCCUGCCUGCGGUCGCUGUACUUAGGCGGGGCGUAUGUGGGGGUGAUGCUGACGGCGUCGCACAACCCGCCGGAGGAUAACGGGGUGAAGCUGGUGGACCCGCACGGCGAGAUGCUGGCGGCGGAGUGGGAGAAGCAUGCGACGGCGCUAGCGAAUUGUGCGUCGCAGGGGCAGCAAGAGCUGCUGGACGCGCUGCACAUGCUGGUGGACCGGCUGGGGCUGGAUCUGGCGCUGCGGGCGCGCGUGGUGGUGGCGCGCGACUCGCGCGCGUCGGGGCCGCAGCUGCUCGAUGCGCUGCUAGACGGGACGCGCAUGCUGGAGGACGUGGAGGUAGUGGACUGCGGGAUGCUGACGACGCCGCAGCUGCACUUCCUCACGUGCGCGUGCAACGAGCGCGGCAGCGCGGCAGGCGUGCGCGAGGACCUGUACUACGCGCACUUUGUUGCCGCGCUGGAGGAGCUUGCCGCGCUGCAUGGGCUCGAGACGUUGCCGUUUCCGCUGGUCGUGGACACGGCGAACGGGGUGGGCGCGCUGAAGGCGCGGGAGCUGUUCCGCCGGAGCCCGCUGUUCAAGAACCGUGUAUCAAUUAUCAAUGACAACUGGUCGCAGCACGAGCUACUGAACAGCGGCUGCGGCGCGGACUACGUGAAGACGAAGCAGUGCUUGCCGCAGGGUAUUUCUGCGGACCUUCUGCGCGAGAGCCUGUUCUGCUCGUACGACGGGGACGCGGACAGGGUUAUAUUUUACUAUAUCGAUGGGCAGGAGCGGUUCCACCUGUUGGACGGAGACAAAAUCUCGACUUUGAUCGCGAAGUUUCUGCAGUCGGCGCUGCUCACAGCAGGCAUAAACGACGACGUCUGCCUCGGCGUCGUCCAGACCGCCUACGCAAACGGAUCCUCCACCAGAUAUCUGUCGGAGGUUCUCGAGGUGCCUGUAUCUUGUACACCGACGGGCGUGAAGCAUCUGCAUCGCGAGGCGGUACAGAAGUACGACGUGGGCAUCUACUUUGAGGCGAAUGGCCACGGUACGGUUAUCUUUUCCGAGCAUUUCACCUUGACGGUAGAACGCGCACUCGAGAACCCUGCAUUGUCAGCAAAGGCCAGGCUCUCGCUACAGACUUUGAAAACAUUUGCCAAUUUAAUCAACCAGACCAUAGGUGAUGCCAUUGCCGAUAUGCUUGCGGUCAUCGCGAUAUUGUCCAUAUUGCAUUGGUCUCCGGAAGACUGGGACAAACAAUACACAGACUUACCAAACAACCUGGUUAAGGUGGUCGUCCCCGACAGAUCCAUGUUCAAAACCACGAAUGCCGAGCAGCAACUUACCUCCCCAGCAGGACUUCAGGAGCUGAUAGAUGAUAUUGUAAUGGUCUAUGACAGCGGUAGGUCUUUUGUGAGAGCCAGCGGAACAGAAGAUGCUGUCAGAAUCUACGCAGAAGCAGCAUCCCAGCAGCAAGCGGACGAGCUAGCUACCAAGGUUAGCACUUUAGUCGUCGAAUCUACGAACGACCCUGGAAUUUGCAAUUGA